CCGAUGAAAGAGCAUAGCCCUAUAAAUUGAGGGGUUGGGUGCAGGACAAUCUUCAUACUCAAGAAAUUAAAUUUGCAAGCUAAAAAAUUCAAAUUAGGGUUUUCUGAAAGAUCAAUUUGGGGGAAAUGGCUGAAGAAGGAAUUGUUGUCGGUUGCCACAACGCUGAUCAAUGGAAAGAGCAUUUUGAUAAGCACAAGGCUUCUCAGAAAUUGGUUGUUGUGGAUUUCACUGCUUCAUGGUGCGGUCCUUGCCGUGUAAUUGCACCGAUCUUGGCUGAUUAUGCUAAAAAGUUUCCUCAUGUCGCCUUCUUGAAGGUCGAUGUCGAUGAAGUUGAGAGUGUUGCUCAGGAGUAUUCAGUGGAAGCGAUGCCGACGUUCUUGUUCUUCAAGAACGGUGUGAAGGUGGACACAGUUGUUGGUGCUAAGAAGGAUGAACUUCUUGCCUGCAUUGUGAAGCAUGCUGGAGAGGCUGCUGCAACUGUAUCUGCUUAGAUAUGUUAUGAUGAUGAUGAUGUAUCAGCAACUUGUUUGAAUCUUUUGUUAAGGAAUAUUGGCUGUGUAAUCUUGGUUUUAUGACUUUGUGGUUUUAUCUAUUAUGCAUAAAUUAAAGUUGCUGUAGUUUGGUUGGUUGGUU